AUGGAGCAGGAAUCACCGAUCUUCACGGCCGAAAAGGCGACCAUCAGCAAUCCGGCAGACAUAUCCGUCAUUUGCUUAUACUUCCUUGCCGUCAUUGGAGUUGGGCUGUGGUCCAUGCGCCGGACCAACCGCGGUACUGUCGGGGGAUAUUUCUUGGCUGGUAGAAACAUGGUGUGGUGGCCGAUCGGCGCCUCUCUCUUUGCCAGCAAUAUCGGCAGCGGGCACUUCGUGGGCCUGGCUGGCACGGGUGCAGCUAACGGCCUGGCUGUGGCAGGAUUCGAGUGGAACGCUCUCUUCAUUGUUCUCCUCCUCGGAUGGCUCUUUGUCCCGGUUUACCUCACAGCUGGGGUCAUCACAAUGCCCCAGUACCUGAAGAAGCGCUUUGGAGGACAACGAAUCCGCCUCUACCUCUCCGUCCUCUCUCUUUUCAUGUAUAUCUUCACCAAGAUCUCAGUGGACAUGUUCUCUGGUGCAGUGUUCAUCCAGCAAGCCUUGGGAUGGAAUAUUUAUGUGGCAGUCAUAGCUCUCCUGGUCAUAACCACCAUUUACACAGUGACAGGUGGGUUGGCGGCACUGAUGUACACGGACACCGUCCAGACGUUCGUCAUGGUCAGCGGAGCUUUUGUCCUCAUGGGGUUUGCCUUUAACAAGGUGGGAGGCUACCAGGGGGUCUUUGACAAGUACAUGCAGGCCCUUCCGAGGCGGACGCUCUCCCCCUCCCCUGCCCUCUACAACAUUUCGGCUGCCUGCUACCUGCCCCGCGAGGACUCUUUCCACAUGAUGAGAGACGCCGUCAUGAGUGAUCUGCCCUGGCCGGCUCUUAUCUUCGGUCUUUCCAUCAACUCUAUCUGGUAUUGGUGCAGUGACCAGGUCAUCGUACAGAGGUGCCUGGCUGGGAAAAACCUCACCCACGUCAAAGCCGGCUGCAUCCUGUGCGGCUACCUCAAACUGCUGCCCAUGUUUCUCAUGGUGAUGCCAGGCAUGAUCAGCCGGAUCCUGUAUCCAGAUGAAGUGGCCUGCAUCGUCCCGGAAGAAUGCAAGCGAAUCUGUGGGACCAUCGUCGGGUGCUCCAAUAUUGCCUAUCCGAAACUGGUGGUGUCCCUCAUGCCGAACGGCCUCCGGGGGCUCAUGCUGGCCGUGAUGCUGGCCGCCUUGAUGAGCUCGCUGGCUUCCAUCUUCAACAGCAGCGGCACCCUCUUCACCAUGGACAUCUACAACCGCCUGAGGCCUCAAGCCAGCGACCAGGAACUGUUGAUAGUGGGCAGGGUGUGGAUCCUGCUACUUGUGGGGGUGAGUAUUGCAUGGAUCCCAGUGGUGCAAGCUGCCCAGGGCGGGCAGCUCUUUGACUACAUCCAGUCCGUCAGCAGUUAUCUGGCCCCACCCAUUGCAGCCAUCUUUUUGCUCGGAGUCUUCGUCAAAAGGGUGAACGAGCAGGGUGCAUUCUGGGGACUGGUAGGGGGCCUAGCCAUAGGCAUGGCCCGGAUGAUCCCAGAAUUCGCCUACGGGACGGGGAGCUGCCUCUUCCCCGGCGCCUGCCCCCGCCUGAUUUGUGGCGUCCACUAUCUCUACUUUGCCAUCAUCCUCUUCUCUGCCACGGCGGUCAUUGUGAUGGGCGUCUCACUCUGCACAUCGCCUAUCCCUGAUAAACACCUGCAUCGCCUGGUGUUCAGCCUCAGGCAUAGCGAGGAGGAGCGGAUAGAUCUGGACACAGAUGAAGAGGAGGAAGCUAAGCAAAGGGAGGCUGCACGGCAGCAACGCCGGGAGCAAGCAGAGGUGGCAGCAACGAAAAGCGGAAGACUGCAGCUUGGGCUGGAGACGGACGGUCCCAAAGCAGUGUCCUCUUUUGGCAAACUGCGCCGCUGCCUGGGCUGGUUCUGUGGGAUCGGGACGGGCAGCCAAGAGGCGCUGGAGCUGACCCCGGAGGAGAAAGCCGAGGAGCUGCAGCGCCUGACGGACAUCACGGAGCACCCACGCUGGAGGCGCGUCGUCAAUAUCAACGCGGUCAUCAUGAUGGGCCUAGCCACGUUCCUGUGGGGCUACUACGCCUGAGUGCCGUCUGCUACGGCAGCUCACGGCCACUUCUGCCCGUCUGGGCAUCCCAC